AACUUGAAUGAACAACACACCUGACUUUCUUUCUUUAUUGUACUAGUACUAUACUGCGCUCGCUCGGUACCCACCCACUGUAAAGAGAAGAAGAAGAAAAAAACUGAAACUUUACUUUUCUUCUUUCUUGGAUCUGACUCCAUAAAUAAAUAAUGUGAUCAAUCACAGAUGUACAGAAAGUCAACUCCUAAUAUGGUGGACCCCAUUGAAGCAGUUUUGUUGGUUAGUGGCAUUUGUGGCGUAAAGCUCGCAAAACUCCACUCUCCCGUGUCUCUAUAACUCAACUCAAAUUAUAGUCAUUAUCACAAUUGCCUCCUUCUUUUCUUAUUAUUAUUAUUCUCAAACGCCAAUUCCUCAACGCACUUUCACAUUACAAUAAUAAUCCUAUACCACUUGCUUCCGUUUCUUCUAUUCUUUCUUCAUCUUCAUCACUACUCCAUCUCCUUCUCCUAACCGAAAAUGGAGGAUCUUCCACGAGGCUACCGUCCUAACGUUGGCGUCUGUCUCAUCAACUCCGAUGAUCAGAUAUUUGUGGCUUCUAGAUUGAAUGUUCCAGGAGCAUGGCAAAUGCCUCAGGGAGGUAUUGAAGACGGUGAAGAACCCAAAUCGGCUGCGAUUAGAGAGCUUCGAGAAGAAACUGGAAUAGUAUCAGCCGUGAUAAUCGCCGAGGUUGGUAAAUGGUUGACAUAUGACUUCCCUCCUGCUGUGAAGGCUAAGGUCAAUCGCCUCUGGGGAGGCGAAUGGCACGGACAGGCACAGAAAUGGUUUCUCAUGAGAUUAACAAAAGAUGAAGGUGAAAUCAACUUAGCUACCGGUGAAGCAGACCCGGAAUUCGCAGAGUGGAAAUGGGCAAAUCCUGAAGAAGUUAUUGAGCAGGCUGUGGACUAUAAAAGACCAACUUAUGAAGAAGUUGUAAGAACCUUCAAGCCUUACUUUCAAGGAAAUGCAACAUCAGCGAAAUGUAAAUCGACGAAGUGGUGAAUUUUAUGAGUGUGCAUUGUAGUUUAAUCCAUUUUCUUAUCUAAUUUUACUUGGAUUUGGAUUUGGAUUUGCUUCAAUAACAAAUUUCGCGCAUUCACGCAGUUACUCAUCGAUGAAUCAUCUGGUCUCGAUCCAACCGUCAUCGAUGUGCUGACUACAUGAAUGCGCGAAUUUGUAACCGCUGCAAAUUCAAAUUCAUUUCACUUACUGAGGUUGGAUAUAACACUCAGCUAUUUGUAAAUGGAUAGUAGUUAGAACUUGUCUUCUUGUAACAAUAAGAUGUGUGCAAAUGCCAUUUUUAUUUUCUAAACAUGGAUGUGAUGUGAGGAUAAUUGUGAAUGUGCAUAGAUUUGUUUAGUAAAGUUGAAAGAAUCAUGCUGUAUAAUAGUGAUAA